CCAAGAUGCUACUAUGGGCAUUGGUUUAAUCCUCCUCCAAAUUGACUUUAAGCAUUGGUUUGUGCACUAAUGAAUUCCCUAGAGGAAAAGAAAAGUAUCCCAAACGAGAAGAAAGGAGUUUGAAUUAUGCAAAAGCUUCAAGUGUCAAGUCAUUGCACAGUUCCUUUCCAAUUGGAGUGGUUGGCUACAAUAACACAAGACACGAAUUUAUACGGUACUGUGGGGGAAAAACCAGACCCAAUGGGCGUUGUGAUUUGAUGGAUAUGGGAUGGCCGCAGGCGGAGAGGUGAGUUAAAGGGCCGAUUCAAUCUGAACCUAAAUGGGUUCGCCUAAUAUUCUUGACGGAUUUGGUACAAGAAAUCAACGAGAAGAAAACGGGAAAGGCCAAAUCCAACGUAAAGCAAAUGGAGAGAGGAAAGCAAAGGCAAAGCAGUGAAUUGACUGACAACUGGCGACUGGUUAGCGAGAGGGAGGGGGGUCCUCUCUCUUCUCUCUUCUUGUCUUUGCCUUUUCUUCAAUAUUCAUCAACACCCACAAAGAUCUUUGCUCUGUUCUGUUCUUGGGGUCUCUGUUUUCGUUUUUGUUAUUGAUUCUUUCUAUGGGGGUUUGAAUUUACAGACCCGGAUAUGAUGCGAGGGAUCGGAAUUCUUAUGGGGUUUGAUCUGGCUGGAAAUGGGUUUUGUCUGUUGGCCUUUGAUUCUAAGUGAAUUUCUUGGUUUGUUUGAUUUCUGUGUGUUUUAGCGGUACGGCUUUAAGAAGAACAGGGGAGGAAAAUGUGGGAUCUCAAUGAUUCGCCCGAUCAUGGCGGAACUGAUGAAUUUGAGGGCCUUUCGUCGAUUGACGGCGAUGAUGAAAGAGCGAAAUGGGUUGGAUCAAUUAAUUCCAACUCGAGCUCUUCAGCAGUGAUUUUGGAGGAUGGAUCCGACGCUGAUGAAGCCAGCGUCGGCGAGCGCGAACACCCAAUCUCCCGGGAAAGCUUCUCGGCGACCCACCCGCCGGAAACUCGUCAGUUCUUCCCCCUGGAGAAUUCCAACGUGGAUGCUUCAUCAACCGGCGGUGGUUCUACUGCGUUUCCACGAGCUCGGUGGUUCGGCGUGAAGUUCUGCCAGACAGAGCCUGUCUCCGCCGUGAGACCAAUGGUGGUUCUGCAACCAAUAAAGAAAAGCCGACGAGGGCCAAGGUCUCGAAGCUCUCAAUAUCGCGGCGUCACGUUUUACCGGCGAACCGGCCGGUGGGAAUCUCAUAUAUGGGACUGUGGCAAACAAGUUUAUCUGGGAGGAUUUGACACAGCUCAUUCAGCUGCUCGAGCCUAUGACAGGGCGGCUAUAAAGUUUCGAGGAACAGAUGCAGACAUAAACUUCAGUAUUGAAGACUACGAGGAGGAUUUGAAGCAGAUGGGGAAGUUAACAAAGGAAGAAUUUGUUCAUGUUCUUCGUAGACAAAGUACAGGUUAUCCAAGGGGAAGCUCAAAAUUUAGAGGUGUAACAUUGCACAAAUGUGGAAGAUGGGAGGCUCGUAUGGGCCAAUUCUUAGGCAAAAAGUACGUUUAUCUGGGGUUGUUCGAUUCCGAAAUCGAAGCUGCAAGAGCUUAUGACAAAGCUGCUAUCAAAUGUAAUGGCAAGGAAGCUGUCACAAACUUUGAUCCCACCAUAUAUGAGAAUGAGCUUACAACAGAUACAUCAUCAGGCAAUGUGUUGGAACAAAAUCUUGAUUUGAGGUUAGGAAAUUCAAGCUCAAAGCAACACACAAAUGAUAUGCAAAAUAAGGAAUCAAAUGUACUUGAGAAGAUGCAGUUUGGUAGCGAAACGAUCAUUCGGUGUCCACCCUCCAUCGACACAACGAUACAUGGGCAGUCCCCAUAUAUCAAUGAAUCAAACUCUGAGAUCGAUGUGUCGCUGAGUUUGAGUGAAAGGCAGCAAUGGCAGCAAGGUUGUGGUGGCUAUGAACAAAUUGGAACAGCGUCAGCAGCAUCAUCAGGAUUCCCACAAAUUCAGGUUUCAAGUUCACCAAAUUGGGUGAAGAAAAAUAAUGGAUGCUUCUUAGAGAGACCCUUUUGAAUCAUUCUUCCAUGAACAAUUGUUGUUUAAGAAGGAAUAAAAGGGCAUUUCAUAAAAUAUUUUAAAUAA